AUGGGACGCUUUGCUGUGGCGGGACCCCGGUGCGGUGGCGCCAAGCGAGUGCGGGAACACAGCGGGCACCAGGCGGAGCGGCCACCGCCAGGUCUGUGCGAGAGGCCGGGGGACGCGGAGCGGCGUCGGAGCAAAAGUGGGUCACGGCGGGGCCCGGCGCCCCGAGCAGGGCGGGACCGGACUUGCGCGCGCCGGCCCGAGCCGGGGCGUCUCCCGCGUUCCCGGGUGGCCCCGCCCGCACCGCUGGCCCCCUGCCCGGCGUCCCGGACCGCCCUUCCCCCGGCGCCCCCACUUCCCCACUGGGCAACGGCGCCGGAUCCCGGGGGCGGCAGACAGGACCGGGCGGCGAGAYCGGAGCCUGACGCCGACUGUUCGGUGUCCGUAGCGGCCAGGGCCAUGGGCACGCCGGCCUCGGUAGUGAACGACUCUCCGGGACGGGCGGCGCCUGCAGCCCGCGGCCGUAAGCGGGCCUCGGCCAACAUCUUCCAGGGCGUGGGGCUGCUGGAGCUGCGGAGCCUGUUCCGGAGCGGCGGGGCCGAGCGGCCCGAGGAGCGCGCCCGCCUCGUCUGGCGGUACGCAGGCCAGCGGCGCAUGGCGAGGGCCCUGCGGCGGCUCCGGCGACGGCGAACAGCCCAGCCCGGCAGCGGGAUGGCAGCGCUACGGCGUUUUGAACACCUUCGGAUCGUGGAGAAGGAGCUGGAGGGUAACUGAGGGGCCAAGACGGUCUCGGGGUCCAUGUUGCUG